AUGACAUCGACGACUGCUUCGUGGCCCUCCAAAGUCUACAACGCCUCGUCAUCGAGCCUUUCGAGUCUCAAGCUCCGACACUCGGCCUUCAUCCACGCCACGAGCGCCACCAAGGCGUCCGUUGUCGUGCGCUCGCAGUCCGACGGCUUUCUCAGCGCCUUUGACGUUGACGAAGACGACGGUGCGCUCAGUGUCAACGGGCCCGCGUGGUACGCCAAUCCGUUCCAGGUUACCUCCACCAAGUACAUUGUCGACGUCUAUGUGCCGUCGCAGUCGCUCGCCGCCGUCACCAUGACGGGCUCCGGCAACGCGGUCAUGGACCCAUUCACAGUUGUCAACAGCACCGACGCCGCGCUCUCGCUCGUCGUUUCGGGUUCGGGCCAGCUCUUUCUCUCGGCGCCGUCCAUCGCGCUGCGAGACCUGACGCUCAAGGUCCCAGGCUCCGGUUUGAUCCAGUUCAAUGUCCUCGAUACCACU